AGAGAUCUUCGCUUCCCCCAGUCCGUUUCAGAGCCGGGGCUCCACAUUUUCCGCAUUGAAAAGAUGAAGUUAAUCUCGAUGCCAGCAGAGAGUCAUGGCGUGUUUCACUCUGGGGACACCUACCUGCUGGUCCUCAACUCACCCGAAGGCAACAGCAUCUAUGUCUGGAAUGGAAAUGGAACGUCGGUUGAUGAAAAGGCAGCUGGAGCCAUCUACAGCUCCCAGCUUCACAUGUAUUUGGGUGAGAAGCCUACUCAGAACCAUGAGACGCAGGGACACGAGAGUGUAGAGUUCAUGUCCUUAUUCCCACGGGGGGUGACAUAUUUGGAAGGAGGGGUCUCCUCGGGUUUCCAUCGUGCAGAGAAGGACCCAGCGACCCCUACCCACCAUCUUUACCAUGUGCGAGGUCGCAAAACACAUUCGUGCAGUUGAGACAGUUCCAACAUGGGACAGCUUCAACACAGGUGACUGUUUCAUACUGGACACAGGAAAGUUUAUUUACGUCUGGUCGGGAUCUCAGUCAAACAUGAUGGAGAAGAACCGUGCAAGAGAUCUGGCCAAUCAAAUUCGAGACAGUGAAAGACGCGGUGCUGCAAAAGUGGAAAUUAUACAGGAAGGGGAGGAGCCUGAGGAAAUGGUUCAGAUUCUGGGACAGAGGCCGGUGACUCUGAAAGAAGGGAGCACAGAGGAUGACAAGGAGGCAGACGAGAUUCACACCAGGGGAGCCGUGCUCUACCAAGUCUCUAAUGCUACCGGAGAGAUGAAAGUGACGCGUGUGGCUGAUGGUGGUACCUUCCGUAAGGAGCAGCUCAUUUCAGAUGACUGCUUCAUCCUGGACACAGCAGGAAAGAUCUACGUCUGGAAAGGUAAUUCCAGAUGA